CAGUCUCUGAGUUAUUAGUUUAUUAGUCGAACAAAUACUUAUAAGCUUUACGAUUGGCUAGUAGAGACUUAUGACGUCAUUAAUCGCUCUCGGAGCGAUUAACCUAGUCAGUCGAACACGCUAUAAGAAGUUGGAAUAAUUGGCUCUAUAAAUUAGAAAUUGAGGAUUGAGGAUUGCGGAUUAAAGAACACGCUUUCAGCGUGUGAGCGCCCAAAACGAACACAGCAUUGUACUUACUUGCGUUAAUUACCAAUGAAAAGUGUCCUCGCAAAAAUGCAAUCGCGAAAUUAAUUUUCGUGAGAUGUCCUCGCAGGAGGUUAACUGUUGUUUAAAUGUCACUGGCAGUUACACGUCGACAAGAGUCUGACUGUUCAUUGUGACUUAAUUCGCACAAAUAACCGCAAGCAUGAUUUCUUCUUUGAUGUAAGGACACACCGCUUUAAAACCUCAGUAGUAUGAUCCUCUGCAUGGUAUACAAUUGAUUGGUGUGUAAUUACAAGACACUUGUAAUCCUAUCUGUAAAAAUGUUAUUAAUAAUAGCUGCCUGUAAAAUACUCGGUAUGUUGAUUCUCCUACCAAUGUUAUUGAUAAAAUGGAGAAUGAUAUAUUCAAAAAAAAGAAAAGAGAGACAACAAAAAGGCACUAUUGUUGGAAUCUUUCAUCCAUUUUGCAAUGCAGGUGGAGGUGGUGAAAGAGUACUUUGGUAUGGAGUACAUGCUAUACAGAAUAAAUAUCCUGAUUGUCAUAUAGCCAUAUAUACUGGUGAUCUUUAUGUAAGUCCUGAGGACAUACUCAACAGAACUGAAAAGGUAUUUAAUUUGAAACUGCAGCGAAACAUCACAUUUGUCUAUCUGCACAGAAGAAAAUGGGUGGAAGCUUCUAUGUAUCCCUAUUUUACCCUUCUGGGGCAAAGUCUGGGAUCUAUUUGGUUAGGCAUUGAGGCAUUGAACAAUUUUCUACCAGAUAUAUACAUCGACACAAUGGGUUACGCAUUCACAUAUCCUUUGUUUAAAUAUAUCGGUGGUUGCCGUGUUGGAUCGUAUACACAUUACCCUACUAUUUCACAUGAUAUGCUGAAGUAUGUCUACAAGAGAGUUAUAUCAUAUAACAAUCGAAGAAUUGUCGCCAGGAAUCCAUUUUUUACUAUGGGGAAGCUUAUUUAUUACAAUUUGUUUGCGUUUUUAUAUGGCUGCGUCGGUAAUUGCGCCGAUACCGUGAUGGUGAAUUCUUCGUGGACGGAGGAUCAUAUCAACUCCAUCUGGAAAUGUCCGUUGAAGACGCAUCGCGUGUAUCCGCCGUGCAGUGUGGAGCAUCUGACUGAAUUACCAAUCUCUGACCGAUUAGAGGAUGAAUAUAUACGUAUAGUAGCUGUCGCGCAAUUCAGACCGGAAAAAAAUCAUCCGCUUAUGCUGAGAGCAUUGUUUAAGUUGAGGUCAAUCGUUAGUGCGGAAACCUGGGAAAGGGUAAAAUUAAUUUGUAUCGGUUCUUGCCGAGAUAAAGAAGAUGAAACGCGUGUUAAGGAUAUGCAAGACUUAGCUAAACAUUUAGCCCUGGAGGAGAACGUUGAGUUUAAGGUGAAUAUCCCGUACUCUGAACUCGUGUCGGAACUUCAAAAGGCCAUGAUUGGCCUGCACACGAUGUGGAACGAACACUUCGGCAUCAGUAUCGUGGAAUGUAUGGCUGCAGGACUGAUUAUGAUAGCUCAUGACUCCGGUGGGCCAAAGGCAGAUAUCAUAGAAACGCAAUUCGGUAGUAUGACUGGUUUCCUCGCGAAAACUGAAGAAGAUUAUGCUAGAGCGAUAACAUUAAUCAUAUGUUUGAGUCCAUGGGAACGAGAUGCUAUUAGACGUGCUGCUAGAUCAUCUGUCAACCGUUUCACGUGCGAGAACUUCGAGAAUGAAUUCCUACGAGCGAUCGAGCCGUUCUUCAGAUUGAAACAAGAAUAGUUUCGUCGCUCGUAAUUCCUUUAAAGCGGUGAACCGCGCGUAAGUAUGAGUGAUUCGUUUAAAAAUCAGCUCUUACGGCAAUAUGUUAUGCUAAAUAUAUGCAAGAAUGACGCAUAUAUGUAACAAAUAAUAAUUAUACGAUUAUUGUUA